AUCGACGAAAACAACGACGACGGACUGUCAUGACCUCCUCGACUUAGCUACGAAGAUAGGCAAUCGCCAAUAUGGACGACUUCGUUUCCGCACUCGCGAAGAAAUGCAACAAAGUUGACCCAACGGCCCCGACGACGUCGAAAGGCGGGAUCGUCGUACAGCUCGUGCUCUCUCUUGCGUUAGGCGUAUCUGCCUUCUUCGGCUUCUGUUUUCUUCGACCGAGAUGGAAAACCCUGUACGCUGCUCGCAAGCGGCAGAAAGACGUUGCAGAUGCUCUCCCCGACCUCCCUGAUACGUUUUUCGGAUGGAUGCCCGUGCUAUACAAGAUUACAGAGCAGCAGGUUCUUGCUUCCGCAGGUCUUGAUGCCUAUGUAUUCCUCGCCUUCUUCAAAAUGUCGAUAAAGCUGUUUGGCGUGAUGCUUCUCCUAACAUGCGCCAUUAUGGCUCCAAUCAAUGCACACUACAACGGACUCCCACACUGGAACUUUACCCGUCCAAACACUACAUCUUCAUAUUCUCUGGAAACUUUGGGCAAGUCGGCAUGGACGUACAAUUACAACGGAGAUAUUGCAAUUAUAGGCAGUGAUGGAGACAAAGACCUCCCUGAUACCAGCUACUUAUGGUCAUAUUUGGUCUUUACAUAUGUUUUCACCGGUCUAACUUUGUACUUCUUGACCAAUGAGACUCGACACAUCAUUCAAGUGCGGCAAGAUUACUUAGGCAGCCAGUCGACAAUAACAGAUCGCACUAUCAAGUUGUCUGGUAUACCCCUGGAAUUAAGGUCAGAGGAAGCCAUCAAAGACUUUCUGGAGAAGCUUGAAAUUGGGAAGGUGGAGACCGUGACCAUUUGCAGAAAUUGGAAGCGCCUUGAUGAAAUGAUAGAGAAAAGAGCUUACACUUUGAGAAGGCUCGAGGAAGCAUGGACAGUGCAUCUUGGACAAAGUAAGAGCAAGAUUGACGAGCCUGCCGGACAUAUCCUCCAUCGAGAUGACAACGAUGAAACGACUCCGGACGAAGGAGAGACUUUGUUGGGAAGUAACCACGUCACCACCUAUGAGCAGCCGCGUCCGUCGACGAGGGUCUGGUAUGGCUUUCUUAAUCUGCAAAGCAGGAAAGUCGACGCGAUAGAUUACUACGAAGAACAGUUGCGGAAGCUUGAUGAGAAGAUCACUGCCGCAAGAAAGAAGGAGUAUAAACCAACUGCUCUUGCAUUCGUUACGAUGGAUUCUAUUCCAGCAUGCCAAAUGGCCGUGCAAGCCCUUUUAGAUCCUUCACCAAUGCAGCUUCUGGCUAAGCUUGCUCCUGCACCCUCCGACAUUGUUUGGCAAAAUACAUACCUACCUCGCUCGAGUCGCAUGAUUCGGUCAUGGGUUAUCACAAUCUUCAUCCUCGUCCUCACCAUCUUUUGGCUUAUCCCAGUAGCCGCCCUUGCCGGUCUCCUCGAUCUAUGCUCAAUUCAGCAAGUCUGGCCUCAAGCUGCCGACUUUCUUGCCAAACACGAAAUCCUCAAAUCACUGGUUCAGACUGGUUUACCUACCAUCGUUGUUUCAUUGCUCAACGUUGCUGUUCCAUUUCUUUACGACUACCUAGCAAACAUGCAAGGUACAAUCUCGCAAGGAGACGUCGAGCUUUCUGUGAUCUCCAAGAACUUCUUCUUCACGUUCUUCAAUGUCUUCCUUGUCUUCACAGCAUUUGGAACCGCGAGUAGAUUUUGGCCGGUUUUGCAGGAUUCGUUCAAAGACACCACCAGUCUUGCUUUCCGUCUAGCAGAAUCCGUCCAAACGCUCGCAGACUUUUACACUAAUUUCAUCCUUCUUCAAGGUGUUGGCUUGUUACCUUUCCGACUGCUAGAAUUCGGCAGCGUAUCACUAUACCCCAUCAUGCUUUGGGGUUCCAAAACGCCUCGUGACUACGCUGAGCUCGUUCAGCCACCGAUUUUCAAGUACGGCUUCUACUUGCCAUCAGCCAUCCUGGUUUGGGUGCUAUGCCUUGUAUACAGCAUUCUCCCAGCAGGAUACAGCGUCCUAUUGUUCGGGUUGAUCUAUUUCAUCUUUGGCUACUACACCUACAAGUAUCAAUUACUGUAUGCAAUGGACCAUCCUCAACAUUCUACUGGAGGCGCUUGGACAAUGACUUGUUACCGCCUCUUGAUUGGUAUCGGUGUGUUCCAGCUCGUCAUGGCAGGCAUAAUUGCCCUGAAGCAUGCCAUCACACCAGCAAUCUUAGUUGUUCCCCUAUUGCCAUUCACAAUCUGGUACAGCUACUACUUCGGACGCACUUACGAACCAUUGAUGAAAUACAUUUCUCUCCGUUCAAUUCGGCGGGAGGACAACCCAGAUGUCAACAUAGCCGGAGAAGAUAUUGAGAUCAACCGACCGCCAGGCUACAUUCGACGUGCCAGCACCACCGUUGACGAGCAAAGAGAAGAGGGGAUGCGGUUCGUGAAUCCAAGCUUGGUUCUUCCUCUGGAGAAAGUUUGGAUCAACAAGACCUCCGAGUCAAAUGGCGAUGCUUCCCAGUCGGAUUUAAAUCGUGAAGAGAGUGCAGCAAGCUCUCUAAGCUUAGGCGAUACUCACAUUUGGCGUGAUAACGGCGACGCCAAUGUAUAAAUAUUGGUGGUCGUUAUAUAGAUUGUCGGUGAGGCAUGGUGGGCGUUUUGGUCGAACCGCGCGUAGCGACAUUGGAUCGUUCUUUCCUAUUAUAUACCAUUGUAAUUCUUUUAUACCCAUGGGGCCUUCCCCAAAUGUACAUGAUAUCCGGAGAUCCCCACCCGGUUCUGAUCUCUUCCUGUUACUACAUGUCUCCUCCCUCACUAUUCCGUCCCUCCAACCUACAGCAACCCAUUGAUGCUGUAGGCUAUUCUUAUGUUUAGAUUGUUCUAAUCUUAUAAUACCUUCAGUUCUCC